CACUUUUCCGAACACCCAGAAUUUCACAAAGCGCGUCGUGGAAAUUCAUUAUUUCAUUCAACUUUUCACCUUCUCACCAUGAACUUUGCGACAGCUACUUUAUGUGCCGGACUKGCCGUGUCUGGGAAGUUCUUAUCGAACUACUACCAAUUCCUCUCUUCUUCACAGAGCGAUGAAGUCGGCUUUCUCGAAACAGUUGACAAGCAGAUGGCGAGCAAUGCUGCAGUCGCAGGCGUCGGUCUUGGUCUUAUCUUCUACUGUGUCCUCAGCUUUGCAAGAAGCUACUACAAGUUUCGCUUCUCUCCCCUUCGUGACGCACCAGGAUUUGGUCCGAAAUCUUUUGUGUAUGGAAUGUUCUAUGAAUUCCUCGAGGCGCCAUUCAUGGAACCUCCAAUCGAAGCCCUGAAGAAGCUACGUAAAGGAGGCAAAGAYGUCCCAUUUCUUGCCUACACAACUCUUUUUGGAAGCCAAAGGCUUUUGUUAUUGGACUGCGACUUGGUGAAGCACGUCUUUACUUCGCCAUCAGGUAGAGAUCCAAUGAGAUACCCCAAGCACUACGUUUACUUGAGAGAGGUUGUGGGAGAUGGUCUCGUCGUCGUUGAGGGCACUGAAUGGAGUCGCCAUCGUCGAAUCAUCCAGCCMGCGUUUCAAUCUGUUUUUCUGAAAGAUGCUAUYAGUAUGGUCGUCCCCGCCUUGGUAGAGAAUCUUGUAGAGGUAUGGAAGAAGACUGCUGGGGCAACGAUCAAUCUGAAUGCCCAUCUUUCGCUAAUCACUCUUGACGUGAUUGGAAAAGUUGCUUUUUCGCACGAGUUCAAUGCUUCCAAACUGCUCAACGAAUGGGCCGAAUGUCCYGAUAAGGAAYUGGGGGAGGUUGACGAUCCGUUGAUUUCAUCCAUCGGUGAUGCCUUUUCCUCRAGCCCUCUCAAAUUAAUGCUUACCGUGUUGAAGCAGCCAUGGCUCGAGAAAUACUUGAGUCCUGCCUUCAGAACUUCACGCAAUUUACUGAACAAGGCAGCAGAUGACAUCGUACAGAAUGCCAAGAACAUCGAUGAUCCUAAACGACGAAGCGUAUUGAACCUGAUGAUGGAAGCUAAGGACGAUGAAUCCAGCAAGGCUCGCAAUAAGUUGACAGACACCGAGCUCCGCGAUGAAGUYAAAACAUUUCUUGUUGCUGGCCACGAAACAACRUCGACUUGGGUUCAUUGGGCUUUAUAUGUACUUGCGAUUCGCCCAGAUCUCCAAGAUAAGGUACACGCUGACAUCAUGAAGCACGCGUCCGACGACAAGACUAUUUUACUGGAACAAGCCGAUCAAAUGGAAUAUCUGUGGGCCUUCAUGAACGAAACUCUUCGUUUGUACUCACCUCUCGGAUUGAUCAGCCGUGUCACUCACAAGGAAGAAAACUUCAAGGGCUACAMGAUCCCAGUGGGAACGAAUCUGAGAAUUCCUAUUCACUUGAUUCAUAGACAUCCUGAUCAUUGGAAGGACCCCGAAGAGUUUCUACCCGAACGUUGGUUCGACAAAGAAGAAACGAGCAAGAGACACAAGUUCGCUUUCGUCCCCUUUGCAGCAGGGGGAAGAAACUGCAUCGGUCAGCGUUUCGCUACGAUGGAGGCCAAAAUUAUACUCGCAAAUGUUGCCAAGAAUUUCGAAAUCCAUUUGGCUGAUUCCAUGAAGGGCAAGAAAAUUACAUUCAGUAAUUUCAUUUCUUUGAAGUGCAAACCCGAGAUUGAAAUUCGGGUGACACCUCGAGAAUAGGUGAGUUGUCAGAAUGUUUCGAAUUAAAACGAGGCUGGCGUCAUGUCAGUUUCUAUUAACAGCUAGAAUAAAAAAUUACAGCAGAA